AUCAACAUUAUGGGACGUUCACGGAACUCCGGCGCGAUUCAACCAUGGGACGGGUUUAGCGAGUGAUUCCCACUUCUGUUCGUGUUCGUUCAGCUCUUAGUUACCCAGAAGGGAGUUUCAUUGCACUGUAAACUUUUCUGUAGUGUAACGGUGAAGAGAACUCGGUGAACGUUACUUCUAGACCAACGACUGACUUCCCUGGUGUCACUUUAAAAAAUAAUGCUCCAGAGUGCAGAGAUCUAGAUGUCUACUAUGAGUCUUCACACCCUGACACUGACAGCACUGUUGUUCCUGGGGCUCUGGACCACAGGCAGGAGAAGUCUGGCCUCGGCCCCCGAGCUGCAGGAGCAGCCCAAAAAGAUAGCCGUGGUCGGCGCAGGUAUCGGCGGCACGGCGGCAGCGUAUUACCUGAGGCAGGAGUUUGGAGCCGGAGUAAAGAUCGAUGUGUUUGAAUCUGGGACUGUUUGCGGGCGACUGGCGACAGUGAAGGUCGGGGAUCACGAGUAUGAGACGGGAGGUUUAUUGAUCCAUCCUCUGAACCUACACAUGAAGCACUUUGUUGAAAAACUAGGUAUUCCUCUGAGGAAAGAUGUCUCCUCGAAAAUGGCGAUCUUUGAUGGGAAGGAGCUCACGUUUGAGGAGAGUGACUGGUUCAUCAUUAAUUUCUUACGCAUGCUCUGGCAAUACGGGUUCAACUUGCUUCGAAUGCAGAUGUGGGUGGAGAGUAUUUUGGACAAAUUUAUGAGGAUCUACCAGUACCAGCAGUAUGGUUACUCGUUCUCGAGUGUGGAGAGGCUCUUACACGCCAUGGGUGGCGACGGUUUCCUCACCCUGAUGAACCAGACUCUGGAAGAAGUCAUGAUAGGGGAAGGGUUUUCACAGGUCUUCCUCAACGACUUCGUUGCACCCAUCACUCGCGUCAGCUGUGGUCAAAGUGUCCGCAUCCAUGGGUUUGCAGGAGCCUCGUCGUUAGCAGGAGCAGAUUCGGGCCUGUGGGCCAUAGACGGAGGCAACAGGAGGGUUUGCUCAGGGCUGCUGUACAACAGUAAGAGUGAUCUCAUCCCUGCCAGAGUGACCUCCAUUGCAGUCAAGGUCCGACCUUCCAAGACAGGCUCCACGGCCACUUUCUAUGAGGUCAGUUAUGUCGGGGAAUCCGGCUCCGCUCACUCUCUGUAUGACAUUGUGCUCAUUGCUACGCCACUUCACCAGGGAAAGUCUGACAUCGCCUUCUCCGGCUUCUCGCCUCCAAUGCCGUCUCACUACCCUGGGCGCUACCACCAAACGGUGUCCACCGUGGUCCAUGGCUUGCUCAACAUGUCCUACCUCGGUACAACGGAGCCGGCCUCGGAGUUCACUGUGUCCGAUGUCCGCACCACCGACUCAAAGGGCUCCGUCAUCCACCGCCUGACCUCUCUCGACCCCGUGCACAUCCCGGACGGUUACAAACGACCCCCUGCCAGCCACGCCAAAGUCUGGAGGGUGUCCUCCCCACAGCCGCUGACUCAGGAGCAGCUGCGGGACAUGUUCCUCUCCUGGGAUUCAGUGUCCGAGAGUCGGUGGCUGGCUCAUCCCGCGUACCACCCGCCGCACCGCAAGACCCCGCCCUUCAUCCUGCACAACCGGCUGUACUACCUCAGUGCGGUGGAGUGGGCGGCCAGCACCAUGGAGAUGAGUGCCAUCUCUGCCAGGAACGUGGCCCUGCUGGCACACCAUCGCUGGCACGGACAGGCCGGCAAAAUCGACCAGGAGGACCUGCACACCCGACUAAGGGGGGAACUCUGAAAAAAAGUGACGACUACGUGAGAUAAGAACAACAAGCAAUAAAAUACCAUUGAUCAAGUACAGUAUAUGCAGAUGCUCAACACUCCAGUCAGGGCAAAUCCCAACUCUCUUUCAGGUAUCUGCGCUGCUCUGGCCUCUUUAAACUGAUGUUCAGGUUUGUUAAAACUUCAUUUCUAAUGGUCAGAUAGCAGAGUACUCAUUAAAGUCGCUGCUGAGAUCUGGAAGCACCUUGACAUUAAGACUGCGACAUUACUCAAUUUAAGGAGCAGUCAGUCAAAAAUAGUUUCCAAGCGAAGGCGCCCUGUCUUCAUCGGUUUCAGCUUCUCAAAUGGUAGAAUUUCUCUUUUGUAAACCCCUCAAUUAAUCAAGAAAAUAAUCCUCAGAUGAAUCAAUAAUGAAUAUAAUCAUGAGUGAAAGGCCUGGAUGACAUUGAUAGAAAAAAUAAAGUCUGAGAGGGCAACAGACAUGAGAAGGCAAACGAUCAGAAGUUUUAAACAGUAAGCGAGCGCUCCUGAUAUUUGGCAAUAAUCCUUAUUCCUUUGGAAAAUUGUUGAAUGCAACUACUACAAAUAUGGCAGUUUAAGUAAAGUACGGGUAAGAGUUUUAACAUUUUUCUUUGUUUUCUCUUCAAUAUAAGUCUGGCUACCCUGGUGUGUUUUUUGCACAUAUUUUAAGUCUUUUUAUUUUUUAUUUAAGUUUUUAUUUUGUCCUUCUCAAAGAUCUCAGCAGUUAACUUAGUGAGUACAAUGCGAAUAUUACAACGCUCGCCAAAGCAUAACAAUAAUAUUUAUAGAAAUAAAACACCAAUGUUGUAAUAAAUGGGAAACAAUCCUAUAAUCACUUUUGACCGGAGCCACGUCGUCGCUGUCCGUGUUGAAACUUGAAGGCAUCACCAGCAACAGCAGCACAAGUCACAGUGAAACGUGGAAAUACGUUGUGCUGUGCUGAAUUAUGUUAUCACUGUGAACCACACUGCACUGCAGGGUCGACUUAUUAUGUUCCUCAGUCUUCAGUGUCUUGAACAACUUUUUUUUUUUUUUGGUUUUAAACACGGUACAGCGAACAUCUAAGAAAUCAGCCUGUUGCUGCCACACAAAACCAACCCUGUCACCCUGCAGCCAAAUCCUGGCAUAGUGUUUACUAAUAUGAUGCUGUCAUGUGUCUUCAGAUGAUUCUCUUAGUUCUUCUACCUCCUCAGCACACUACUGUAUAUUAGAGCUACAACGAUUAAUCUAAUAAUUGAUUAUUAAUCCACUACUAAAUUAAUCACCAAAUGUUUCUAUUUUCUAUUUUUUAGAAAAACUACUAAAGUAAUCGACUGUUUUUAUAAUUUCUAUUUUUAGAAAAAUAAUUCCAGCUUCUUAAAUGUGAAUAUUUUCUGCUCUCUUUGCUCUUCUAUGAUGUAAUCUGAAUAUCUUUGGUUUGUGGACAAAAACUAAACAUCAUCUUGGAGUUUGGGAAACACAAUCAGCCUUUUUUAACCAUUUUAUGAUAUUUUAUGGACCAAUAAACUGAACGAUUAAUCGUCAGUCGUAAGCAAGAGAGGUUUGCCACCAGGACGUUUUCUUUGUAAACUGGAUGGUAUGGAAGUAUUGACAAAUAUAUGUAUUUUCUUACUAUUUAAAUAGAUUGAUAAUUUUAUUUGAUAUAAUCGGAGUCUAUUCAUUCUGACCAGUUAAAAUUACUGUGGUGCCUUAAAUCUAUUAAUGUAAAUGGCUCUUGUGUUGAUUAAAGGACAAGUUGCCUUUAGGUUUUGAAUUUAUUUGUCCAUUCGGUGUCAUAUUUUAAUGAAGGGAACAUUUCCAUCAGUCUAAAACUGCGAUGAUGUAUUUCUGUAUUUUGUUGUAACGACGACUUGUUUUUGUACCUGAGAUGUAUCUGAUGUCAUGUUGCUUAGAGAAACGGUGCCUGUGUUCUUUAGCUACUGUGGGAAGACCACUGCAGUAUGCCGGUUGUUUCUAAAGCUAUUUUAUAGGGUUGUCUUUCAGAUUAUUGUUUAUUUUCUUUAAAAAAGUGUUUUGUUCUUCUUUUUGUUUCCGAGUAUGCACCAAGACAAACUUUUGUAAGAAUAUUAAUUGUGCACUUUAAUUGAUAGAAAAGCUUCAGUUUGACUCUGAAGUGCAUCUGCAAAUGCCAAAAUCACUAAAUUCCUCUGCACAAAUAAAAUGAAACUUUUGAUUACAAAUAAGUUUAAGAUUUCAAAAAAUACUAAAACUUCCCAGAUCAUAACCUUAUGUUUUGAAUUGUUUGAAAUCACAAUAAAGUGAUGAGACCUUG